AUGCCAAGCGCUGAGGCAACUAAGUCGCAAGCUGCCAGAGCUCUUAAAACAACGUUGUUCGUUCUCGAUCAGGCCGAAUGCUCCCUGCCAGAGAAUGCAUCCGAUCCGCCUGCCGCCUUCCUCUUUGUGACAAAGCAUCUUCCCGUCGCUAGAGAGCUCUUCGUCUCCGUAAUGACUCGACUCGAACCCGGCAGUGAGGAGACGGCGCAAAUGGCCAAGAUGUAUCCAGUCAUCGAACUGGUGGCUGACGAGAGUUGCAAGCGACUCCGAGCUAUCGAGAGCCUGUUCGACGCUAUUAAGCAAGAUUAUCAGAGCGGUACCAAGAAUAAACACUAUGCGGCCGCUGUUCAGAGAGGUGACGGUAACAAGAUUGAAAAUAUCAUGGUGGACCUCCUGACUAGCAUUAGCCGUGUAGUAGUCGAGCCUUUUGUUAGUUCAGAAGAGAUAGAACGUCUACAUGAAGUAUUGGAGGAAGCAAAGAAACUUCCCCCUUCUCUUGUUGAUGAUCCCUCUGCUGGCAUACACGUGAACAACAAUAGCUCAGGUACCCAGUUCUAUCAUGCUGGAAAUGGACACCAGCAUAACUGCUCGGGUGGAUUUCAGGUCAAUGGUGAUAACCAAAACGCUAGCUAUACAUACGCCGAAAAAACUAAAGCGGAUAACAAUUAA